AAUAGUAGUGUCAUAUUAUUAGGUUCUCUUCCUUGAGUGACCGCAUACGCAGCGCUCCUCCGCUCCGCUAGGGGCAGCGGAGUUCAUACUGUGUGAACGGGCUGCACGGACUGUAGGAGCGCAGAAGCGGAGGCGGUGUGAGCUGCACAUGGAGUGGGGCAGUGGAUUUAGACACGUAGAGAAGCUAUUUUAGAGUUUUAUAAAGGUUUAUAAGCUGUUUAUAAAGGGUUAUAAGCUGUUUGGUCCUGUGUCUGGGGACUGGAGACUUCGCUAGACACCGCUUUAGUCCACACGUUUGUGAAUAUGACUUCGUUAGCCCAUCAGCUGAAGCGGCUCGCGCUGCCCCAGAACGCGCCAGAAGUGUUCACACGGAGAGAGACCAUUUCGCUUCUGUUUGACCCGAAACAUGCAGCCACUUUGGACAAAGACAACUUCUACGCCCUGGGCUGCACGGGGCUGGAGGAGCUGUUGGGGAUCGAACCAGCAUUUGCGGAGUUCCAGGAGACGCUCUUCGGUGCAGCGUCUGUACACCUGGAGCGAGGUGUGCAGUCCAAAGAGGUCAACCAGAAGCUGGACAAGAGCAUCUCCCUCUUCCUCACCCGCUUGUCCCCCUACUUCCUGCUCAAACCGGCUCUGAAGUGUCUGGAGUGGCUCAUACACAGGUUCCACAUUCAUUUGUAUAACCAGGAUAGCCUGAUCGCCUGUGUGUUACCGUAUCAUGACACAAAACUGUUUGUGAGAGUCAUUCAGCUUUUGAAGAUUGACGACCCCACCCAUAAAUGGCAUUGGCUGCAUGGGCUUCAGAAACCUGGAGUUCCUUUGGCCAGAGGCACUUUACUCACUCACUGCUAUAAAGAUCUGGACUUCAUGGACUUCAUAUGCACCAUGGUGACAAAGUCAGUGAAGGCCUAUUCGGCGUUCGUUCGUGAUGGACGCUGCGCGCAGCUGCGAGUGGUUUUUUCUUUCUAUGCGGCAGCCAUCGUUCCUGCUUUAGAGGCCGUGGAGAAGGUCACUGAUUCAAUUGUAGCCAAACUGCUUCCAUAUGUGCAACUGGGUCUGAAAUCGGAGCUGGUGGACUAUAAAGCUGCCACCUACAUGAUCGUGUCUCAGCUAGCGGUGAAAGUGGUGAUGCAAGCAGAACUGGUGAACACACUGGCUGUUCAGAUGAGCAGGUCCUUGGGCAGAGGUCCAGCACUGACCUCUGAGGGCCUGUCCUGCCUCAUCGUGCUCCUGCAGAACCAGAAGGAAGGAGUCGUUGGACCAAAGCCGUUUGGGUACCUCUGUGCAGUGCACUCUUUGGUGCCCUCCCUGCAGACCAUAGCAGCAUCCUAUGACGUCAGUCCUUUACUGCGCUACCUGCUCCCACAUCUCAUUCACUCAGUCAUCACACAGAAUGAGUUGCAGGAAGAGGUUGUGGACAGCACCCUGCAUAAUCGGCUGCUAGAGUCGGUCCUCCAGAUGCUUCCUCUCACCAGCGGCCUGGAGAGCUCAGCAGCAAGGCUUCUGCUAGAGGAAUAUGUGUCCUGUGGUGCAGAGCUCGGCUCAGACGGAGUGUCCUCCCUCAACCAGAAGAUCCAGCCAGUCGUCAGACUCUUUGAGCACAAGUAUCCCGGAGCUCUGGAUGCUGUUCUGGAGGCUCAUGUUAGUGAGAUGAACUCAGAUCAGCAGAAGAACCUUCUCCACCAGUUCCUGUCUCUCACCAUGAGUUGCGGCAAAUACCAGCUGUUGGCAGAUUCAGACACGUCACUGAUGCUCAGUCUUAACCACCCGCUGUCCUCUGUGAGGAACUUGGCUCUGGACCACUUGAAAAACAUUCUGGCCUCAGGACAGGAGGGGUUUGACAAGGCCUUCCUGAAGGACGCUCUGCUGGAGAGGAUAAAGGAUGAUGCUCCUGAGGUUGUCCUGUCUGCACUCUCAGCCCUGCAGCUGUAUAUUGAGCAGAUGGAUCCAGAGAACACAGUCUCCAGUUUGAUUUCUCUUCUCCAUCGGAUCCAGCCGUCGGACUCUGCGCUCUGGUGUGCGGUGUUGAAGGAAGCGGUCCGAACGCUCAAUGAUUCGCGCCUCAGUGAGGUCAACGCUGACCUCAGGGCACGGAUUAUUUGGGAGCUAUUGCCCUUCCUGGUAGUGACCAAUCCGGAGCUGGAGUCCACAGAGAUGCAGCUGAUGCUGUGCGUGUCUGAGAUGCACCUGCUGACCAAGCAUCCUCUGACGCAGGGCUGGAGUGACGCGCUGAAAGACAUUCUGCAGAAAACCCCUCCUGCUGAUCUCGUGGGAGUGGCCACCCAGGUGCUCAUCAGCACUCUGACCAAAAACCUGUCCAGCAUGGAGCCGUCAGACAAACGCAACGCAAUUGAGAGUGUGUGUGCACUGCUGGGCAGGCCGAGCACUGGCAUUCGAGAAAAGGCUGCAUUCGUGGUGCUGAGUCACACUCUGCUCCAGGCUCUGGACUCCCUGAGUGAGAGUCAACAUCUCCACACGGCCCAGAAGCUCUUCGACCUGCUGGAACCUGCGCUAAAACAGCUGGACGCAGCACAGCUGUGUGAAGGUCAGGAAGUGGUGAUUCCGCCUGUGUACGAGGUGCUCGGAGCCUUCUCGUCCAAAUUGCAUGCUGGACAGAAUGCAGAGAGGGAGCACAGCCUCCUCCUCCUCGCGCUCCUCCGGGUCUUCAUCAGCGCUCUCAAAUGCCCCGAGUCUUCGUUCAGAGGAGACCGUUGGUGGAACCCAGUGAAGCUGGACACGAGCACGUGCUGUUACCUGCAGCUGCUGUGUCGUGUGUUUGAUGUGGUGGUGUCAGGGGCCGGUCAAGGACCGCUGGUGUCCUGCUUUAGGGCCCUCAUACAGCUCCUUUUACAGGAGCACCUGAGUGAGCCGGAGCAUCUCUUUAAGUUCCUGUCACUGCUGUGGUGUUACAGCAAUAAUCUGGGUGAUCAGCUGGAGGUCGGUGUGUCUGCACUGCUGCAAACUCGCGCUCUGUACGUUGGCAAGGCACUGCUGACCACCGUCCCUUCAAAAUCGCUCAGUCUGCUGGCCUCCGCCUCCUCACCAGUGGUGCCAUCCUUGCUGGCGUGUCUGACCUUUGGGGUGGGGGAGGUGAGGAGAGCUGCGCUGGCUGUGUUUCAGACCCUCAGUACCUCAGUCACCUCCUCUCCAUACAGCCCUUUGAUGGAGAAACUACUCAGUGUGGCUGAGGAGCUGAUCGCCGACCCCACGUACCUGAGCCAGGCUCUGUCCAGGCUGUAUGAGGAGGCUGUGACUGUGAAGGGCAGAAACAAGCUGCUGUUGGCUGUAGAGCAGCUCCUGCAGUGUGUUCAGGCUCCUGACUGUCCCUGUUAUAUGGCUAAAUUGCUGCUGCGAGCGCUGAGGAACGUCAACGGAGAGAUGGCGUUGUCCGUCCUCCUACCCGCUGUGGAGCGCCUGUUGGAACAGUUUGCUCUGGACCCGUCGGUCUUCCUGCUGGACGAGGCUUUGCUCUUGCAGCUGUUGUUGGAAAAGUACAACGAGGCGUCCGCAGUGCUGCUGUCCCGCGACUCCCACAGCCUAGAGCUGUUCAUCACGGCUCUGCGCACCUCCUCCCGGCCCUAUCCCAACAUUGCCAGCUUCCAGAUCAUUGCCCUGGAGCAGAUCACUAAGCCCUUCUUUGCGGCACUGGGUGAUGAGAAGAUCCAGCAGAGGAUUCUGGGAGUGCUGUUUGACCUGCUGGUGGUCAGCAAAAACCCAGCCUGCUCCCAGACCAUCAGCAGUGUCUUCAAAGGGAUCGCUGUGGAUGCAGAGCUGGUGGCUAACGAACUGACUCCCGUGGACAAGCCCAGAGUGACCGGAAGCAUACAGCAAACCCGCAGGAGCAAAGUGCAGCCCAAUUUUUCCUCCGAAAGGAAAGCCCAGGAUGUCCCACCAGAAGAGAGCACUGUGUCCUGGCCCAGAGUCACCCUGAUCCUGGAGCUCCUGCAGCACAAGAAGAAGCUGAAGAGGCCUCAGAUGUUGGUGCCAGCACUUUUCAACCUUCUCUCCAGGAGUUUAGAGCUGUCAGCAGAGCAGGAGAAUGUGGAGUACACCAAGCAGCUCCUCCUCAGCGUCUUGCUCAACGUGUGCCAGAGGCUCUCACCACAGGGAGGACCCAUCAGCAAGGAUAUCUUGGAUGAAGAUAAGUUCAGUGUGGAGUUGGUGGUGCAGUGUGUGAGGACGUCCAGCAUGCCUCAGACUCACCACCAUGCACUGCUGCUGCUGGGCACUGUGGCUGGAAUCUUCCCUGAGAAAGUUCUACACAACAUCAUGCCCAUUUUCACCUUUAUGGGUGCCAACAUCAUGCGGCUGGACGACACCUACAGCUUCCAGGUCAUCAGCAGGACUGUACAGACUGUCAUCCCUGCCCUCAUCCGUGCUCAUGAAGGCACUGGCGCUCAUUCGGAGGGUCAGAUGGGGGCCGUGGUGACCCGCAUCGUGCAAGUUUUCGUUGACGCCCUCCCACACGUGCCCGAUCACCGGCGCUUGCCCAUCCUCAAGCAGCUGCUGGACACGCUGGGGCCCGCCCACUUCCUCUGGGUCCUCCUGCUGCUCCUGUUCAAACAGCACACUAGCCUCAGCGCCACCGGAGCUGAGAAGGAGGCAGCUCUGGAGCGGGAUCUGGACUUCUGGAUCUUGGUGUGUUGUGGAUUUGAAGUUCAUGAGCAGCUCACCUCUUUUAUUAAGAUCCUGCAGUUCCUCAUGACUCUGCCACGGGACAAAGAGGAAGUGCCAGAGAAGAGGAGAGGGUUGAGAAGAGAGAAGAAGGAAGAAAACGUCUCUCAGCUGAUCUUCAGCGUGGAGACCCACAGCGGAAAGGAGCUCCGACAUUUCAAAUUCCUCUCCAUGUCCUUCAUGGCGCAGCUGCUGGCCUCCAGCAGCUUCGUGGGAAAGGUGGCCGAUCUGCCUAAAGACUCUUUACAGGAACUUCAGCAAAGUCUGUUGGAGGAGAACUUGCGCUACAUUCACACUGUGGCUCAGUGUGUGGAGGAGAACACAGACAAACCCACAGCCAAGUUCUGGAGGGCUCUGCUCACAAAGUCCUAUGAUAUGCUAGACAAGGUCAACGCUCUCCUGCCCACUGACACCUUCAUCACAGUGGUGCGUGGGCUGAUGGGUAAUCAACUGGCAUCGGUGAGGAGGAAGGCGAUGGAGCUGCUCAAUAACAGACUACAGCAGAAGAGGAAAUGGGCCGAGCAGCAGGUGGCUGUGCUGCUGGAACUUACCGGCGACCUCCUUGUCAUCGUGGGCCAUGGCCGUGUCCAGGCUGGAGGUCAGGAAGAAGAGGAGCAGGCCAUCAACAGGCAGACGGCCAUCUACAGCCUGAAGCUGCUGUGCCGUAGUUUUGGCGCUGGACACCAGGAGGUGUUCUUGCCGGUGCUGAGCAGGAUGGUGGAGUUGGUGGCGAACCCUGAGGAGGAGAAGAACGUUAUGGGCAGUGCACUCUUAUGUGUAGCUGAAGUUACCAACACACUGAAGGCCCUCGCCAUCCCACAGAUACACAGGUUGAUGCCAGCAAUCCUGCAAACCUUACAGGAGCGCAAAGAUCUGUUGUCUAAUGAGGUGUAUCUGCUGAGUGCAGUCACAGCCCUGCAGAGGACUGCAGAAACGCUCCCUCACUUCAUCAGUCCUUACCUCGAAGCUACCAUAUUGCAGGUGACACGUCUGACUCAAGUUGCUGAGCGGCUCUCCUCCUGCCCUCAACUGGCCGUCAGACUCUCCUCCCUCAGCUCGACACUCGCAACCAAAGUGCCCCCCAGGGUUCUACUGCCCACCCUUGCCAAGUGCUACGGUAGCAUGGUCGACUCCCUGCAGAAUCGUAUCGGUCCUCUGAUGAACAUCCUGAAAGAGCACAUUGGUCACCUGGAGAAGGAGCAGCUCACCUCCCACCAAUCAGAGCUCACCUCUUUCUUCCUCUCAGCUCUCGACUUUCGCAGCAAACACUGCCAGGGGGAUCUGGAGAAGACUGCAGAGAUCGAGGGUUGUGUCAUAGACUGCCUGCUGGCUAUGGUUAUGAAGCUGUCGGAGGUCACAUUCAGACCCCUGUUCUUCAAGCUGUUUGACUGGUGUAAAACAGAAGGAGCGGCUAAGGACCGUAUGCUGACCUUCUGCAGGCUGGCCGACAGCAUCGCUGACCGGCUGAAGGGCUUGUUUGUGCUGUUUGCUGGACAGCUGGUGAAACCCUUCUCGGACAUGCUACGCAAACUCAACGCCGCCCAGACUGAUGAGGCCUUCUUUGACUCUGAGGAGGAGGAAGAUGACGACAACGUGUCGAAAAGCUGUCUGCUGCUGCAGUACAUCCUGGACUGCCUGCGUAAAAUCUUCCUAUACGACACACAGCGCUUCCUCAGCAAGGAGAGAGCCGAUGCUCUCCUGGGCCCACUGGUGGAUCAGGUGGAGAACAUGCUGGGAGGAGAGCAGGUGUACCAGACCCGAAUCACACAGCACCUGGUUCCAUGUGUGGCUCAGUUCUCUGUUGCGAUGGGAGACGACUCCCAGUGGAAAGUUCUCAACUACCAGAUCCUGCUGAAGACUCGCCACAGCUCUCCCAAGGUGCGUUUCUCCUCUCUGCUGAUGCUACUGGAGCUGGCAGGCAAACUGAAAGAGAACUACAUGGUGCUCCUGCCAGAGACCAUCCCCUUCCUGGCUGAGCUUAUGGAAGAUGAAUGUGAGGAGGUUGAACAUCAGGUCCAGAAGGUCAUUCGGGAGAUGGAGACGGUCCUGGGAGAACCGCUUCAGAGCUACUUCUAACACCAGCGGCUUCCGGCAUCCUGUCAUGGAGUUUAGCUUCACUUUGUUUCUUCCAGAGUUUGUCUGAGCCUCCACACAGCCAGCCUCUGUCCGUGUCUCUGGGAUGAUGGCGCUGGCACGUGUUGCGUUCACUCCCAGCGAGUUUACACAUUAAGGCCCUCAGCUGCCGACGCUGUCCCUUGGCUCGGUCCAUGCUGGCACGUGACCUUGGAUGUCCAGAAGCACAGACUUGAUCUUGAACUGUUUGAUACCAUUUUUUUAUAUACCUGUUUGUAUAAAAAAUGUAAAAAUUAAAUGUAAAAAGCAGUUUUAUGCAUCAGAUAAUAUCCACUGUAAUGGAACUUUGGAAACUGCAUUGCCUUUGUGCGUGAAAGUGUGACGUGUGACUAAAAGAUUGCUGGAUUCAGCAAUAAAGUGAUUACUCAGACUUUCAUGUCA